AUGUUUUAUGUCAUUAUUAAACAAAUAGAAACACUACAACAUUUAAUAUAUCAACAAGAUUUAAAUGAAAGAUCAAGGCUCUCAAGUUUAGAUCAAGAAAGAGAUAGAGAAAGAGAUAGAGAAAGAGAGAGAGAAAGGGAAAGAGAUAACAGAGAAAGAGAAAUUAGAGAUAGAGAUAACAGAGAAAGAGAUAACAGAGAAAGAGAUAAUAGGGAUAGGGAUAGAGAAGAACAUAUUUAUAAACAACAACAACAACAACAACAACAACAACAAUAUCCGCAUCACCAACAUAUGCACUUACAUCAACAAAGCCAACAACCGUCACAAAUUGGAUCGCCACAUUCACCAAACCAACAACCUCAACAUAUAUAUAGCAAUGGUACAUCACCACCUCAUUUAAAAUUAAACAAAGGUUCAACGCCAAAUCCUUCAUCUUAUCAUCCAAACAAUGGUUAUAAUGUAUCACCACAACAACACACACAACAUCCUCAACAAAACCAACAUAACCAAUUCCAACAGCACCAACAUCAACAUCAACACCAACAACAACAAUACCAACAACAACAUCAGCACCAACAACAACAACAAUAUCACCAACAACAACAACAACAACAACAACAACAACAACAACAACACCCUCAAAACCCACAACACCCUCAAAACCCGCAACACUCUCAAAACCCGCAACACUCUCAAAACCCACAACACUCACAACACCCACAACAGCAAUACCAACACAAUCAACAAAAUCAACAACUACCACAACCAACGCAACCGCAACAAAGCCCACAAAGCCAACAUCAUCAACCACAUCACCAUCAACAGCUCCAACCCCAACCUCAACACAUCCAAUUACAUCAACAACCAAAUCAACAAAUCCAACAAGCUCAACAACCUUUACAUGGACCACAACCAUCAAAUGGAAAUAAUAAUAAUAAUAAUAAUAAUAAUAAUAAUAAUAAUAAUAAUAAUAAUAAUAAUAAUAAUAAUAAUAAUAAUAAUAAUAAUAACAAUAAUAAUGGAAAUGGAAAUACUUUCCAAAGGGCAAGCAACAACAGCAGCAGCAAUAAUAAUAAUAGUAAUAAUAAUACAAAUAGUAAUUUCUUAAAUGAUUCAAGAAAAAAAAGACAUAUAUAUGAGGAGCCACAAGGAAAUAAUUGUAACAAUACAAAUGGUAAUCAAAAUAAUAGCCAAAAUAAUAAUAAUAAUAACAACAACAACAACAACAACAACAACAACAACAACAACAACAACAACAACAACAAUAGCAACGGAAGUAGUAAUAAUAAUAAUAUUGGGUCAUCAGAUUCACCACUUUUAAAUAGUGAUGAUAUAGAUUCACCAAGAACGGGCAACUAUAUAAAAUAUGCUCAAAGUCAGGAUGACCCAAUAUCUGAUGAUUCAUUGGAAGAUAGUGAUCCAUGUGAAUUGGAAUUACAACAACAAACAAACAUAAAUAAUGGAUUAAUGAUUUUCCAUGAUGCUUUAUCACCAGAGGAAAAUUAUGACAUGUAUAAUAAAUUUAAAUUUAAUAAUAAUAAUAAUAAUAAUAAUAAUAAUAGUAAUAAUAAUAAUAAUAAUAAUAAUAUUAUUGGUAACAAUAAAAAACAAAUAAAUGGUAAUUACAAUAAUAGCAAUUCAUCACCUUUACAACAACAACACCCAUCAUUACAAUGCGGUAAUCAAAAUGUACAAUCACCCCAAAAUCAUCAAUUUACACCACCUCAAUCUUAA